AAAAAGGUGCGAAUAAGGACUUUCCUAUCUAGCCCCAGGGCACAUUUACAGAUAAUCUCCGCGGCUUCCAACUUAACCUCUGCAUGCAGGAUGCGAAAAACGCUUAGGGAAAUAGUCGCCAGUGCAUGGCGGUUACUAAGACACAAUCUCCGAUCAGGUAAAUUCAUUGACUUCACGUUUGCCUUAUCGGAGCAAUCAUUAUCACAUCUCUGUAUACACAAGGGUGUUCCUUGA